AUGGCUGAAAAUGUUUACGCAAAAACUCUUACGGAGACUAUUCCGUUAAAACAGUAUAAAAUUCAAAAUGAAACACGUUAUGAGACACAAAAACCAACAAAUGUGUAUAAAUCAGUACGAAAAGCAAGUCCAAGACCCUUUCAGUUUGAAUAUAAAAGUUCAACCCCGUAUCCCUUUCGAAAAAUCCUUGGAACUAGAAACUGGCUCGAAAGCUAUCGUAACGCUCAACGAAUGAAAAAUCUUCAGGAAAUAAUGGUAUAUCUCGGCAAAACUUUUGGCAAAAAUGCUAAGGUUGGCGAUUUGCAUACAAUUCCAACACAAACUCAUAUUGCCUUUUCCAGAAUUCACAUCAAACCACAAAAUUCUGAAUCUACUACAAAUAUAUUUUCGAAUCUCAAUAAAGUCGAUUUGCGUCGUCAAUUUGAUCCACUAUUUACCUUCAAGCCAGAUAAUCCAGGAGAUGUUAAUUUAUUAGCUGAAGAUUUUUUAAGGUUUUCUCCAGUUUUUAUCAACAAAGCUGCAGAAGAACAGUCACCUCGGGCACAUUUUCGAUAUGAAACGACUUUGAAUCGCAAUAAAAAAUGUGAGAAAAGUAAUAAUAAUGUAGAAAUAUCAAAUGAAUUUGAAAAUAUUAACAGAAUAGAUUUUAAAAAUCAAUAUUCGUUUCGUAGCACUACUUUUGAUUCAAAAUCCUACGAUUCGUCAAAAAUCGAAUCACAACAGCCGAUAAACACCUCAUCUGAAAUAUUUAAAAAAAUCUACAUAACAACCUUACGUCCAACUAUACAGUUUAAAACUAGAUCAACAAUGCCUGUUAUAGAUUCAAAUUUUAGGCAUCAAAGUCUGCAUAUGACACCAGAGAAAGGAAAAGAAAAAACAAAUGUGAUAAGUAAACCAAAAAUGGCAUCAAUAACCGAUGACAAAAUAAGAGUUCACGCAAAUGUUUUCCCAACUAAGAUAGCUAGCAAAAAUGACGAAAUAAGUAAAUCUGAAGUAACUGCUUCUCGAAAUCAAAGAUACGAUGAAGUUUUACGAAUGUAUAAUGCAAGUGAAGUUGAAGAUUAUCACGCUGAAAGUUUUGGAAUCAUUUCUGUGACUACGCCACGAACCUUACCGCAAGCAACAUCUAUGACAUCAUUCUUUGAUAGCACCGUCUUGUUGCCAGAACAUACUUGGCCUACCCAUUCUCCAGAUAUAAUUAAAUUUAGUCGGGAAGACGCCAAAGUGCCUGAUCAAUAUUUGACAAUGAAAAUUUCAGAAGACACUACAACGGCUACCUCAAUAUUUACUACACAAUAUAUAAAGGAUAAUGUUGAAUACAAUGAUAAAAAUGACGACAUUGUAGCAAGUACACUUAUUAUCAAAUUAGUAAAUAAUGUUGAUUCUACUACACAGAGUUAUAAAAAAGAAAAAUCGAAUAGAACAUACGAAUACAAAGUAAACAAAAAUACAUACGUACCCCAAAUUAACGGUCAUUAUAGAAAUAUGGAGCAUAAUACGAGAAGAUUAAUGGAGUUAUUAAAAGAAAAUUCAGAGAAAUAUAGAAUAAAAAGACUUAAAUCAUUAACAACUGUUCGCACCCCAACGUAUGUACCAAUGUACGUUGAAAUAAAAAGAAAUCAUACCAAACAACACAAUGAAAAUAAUGAGAGUAACACAUCAUGA